CAUGAGUAUUUAUAAAAAAAAUUAUACUCAAAAAAGACAUUUUCCUAAUUUCAUUACUCACGACACGACACAUUUUUGUGAAGGAAUUGUAAGUUCCCCAAUAAAAGCCCUAAGAUUUUCUAUACUCUUCCUGAUGAAAGCAAAUUCUGUGACGAACUUCUCUAAGUUCAAAAUAAAUUGUUGAAUAAUCCUGAUUCUACAGCCGAAGUUCGACAUAAUUUUAUGCCAGAGAGUGAAAAGUUGAAUGAAAGUAAACACUCGAAUGUUACAUUUGAAUUAGGGAUAAAAGAUCGAGGGUUUUGAUCAAAAGGAGGGUUCCGGGAUUCAAUCUUCAAACGAUAGUGAAAUUGCUGAAAUGGAGUAUGAGAAAAAGAAUGAAAACUUUGAUGGGUUGUUACAAACGUUGGACACGGACAUGGAUUUAAGAAAUUCUUUAACAGCUGAGGUGUUUGAUGAAACUUCCGUUCUUCAUGUUUCUACUGUUGAUGAUGUUUCAAGAGUUGGAAACAAGAAACAUAAGAAAGAAAAUUCAAAAAUUGGGAGUUGGAAAUCUGUGUAUUCUAGGGAAGAGAUGGAACUGCUGAGAUAUGUUAAGUUGAUAACUCAGAAGAAGCUUUGGGAAGAGAUUUACAAUGGGUUUUCUGCUACUUUAAAGAAAGAAUAUGAUAACUUGGGUAGUUUUAAGAAUCAUAAACACGGAGGAUCAAAUUCUGACUAUCAUCAGUUUAAUGGCAAGAGGAACUACAAUAAUGGAAGAAAUUUGGGUGAAUCAUAUUCAGGAAAGUUGAAUAGUGAUGCAGAUCUUGUGAGUUCCUCAAAUUAUUGUCGUGAUGGUGACAGUGGUGGUGAGAAUGGUGAUGAUUUAGUGGAGGAUUGGGAUGAAGAUGAAGAGACUGAUGAUGAAUACGAGAGCAUUCAGAGAGCUGCUUUUAAGGUUGAAGGUGAACCAGAUUUUGAAUCAGGGCCACCAGAAGAUGGAUUAGAAUACCUAAGGCGUGUUAGGUGGGAGGCUAAGCAGAUUCCAAAAGUCAAGGUUGUUAAGCUUAAUAAUAUUAAAUUGAAAGAUCAAAGUGUCUACAUGCCCAAGAUUCCAGACAUUGAGGAGUGCCCUCCAUACCUUGUUCCGCUGAGGCAAUGGGAAGAUGAGUUCAUAGCUGAUUUUUCGGACUUGAGGCUGGCUUUUUCUCAACUUGAGAAUGCCAGUAAUGAUGUGAACGUCGACUCAGAAUCAAUAAUAUUUUCACGCCAAGAACAUAAGAGUCAUGCCUCUGAUAAAUCAACAUCACUUAAGUUAACUUCAGGGCCUCCGACACUAUCUACAAUUCUAGCAAUGGACCCAGCGAGUAGGAUGGCAAUGCUGAGAAAGCGCAUAAGCUUGUUCGAGAGUUCUAACGAUUUGUUGAAAGAAGAUUGCGUUUGGCUGUUUGCUCUUUGUGCUGUUGUCGAGACUCCCUUGGAUGCUGAUACUUGUGCGUCUCUUCGUUGUUUGCUUCGAAGGUGUGCACAUUUGCGUGCAUCAAAAGCCGAAGUUGACGAUGAUGUUAUAAUGCUGAAUGUGUUGGCAACAAUUUCUGGGAGAUUUUUUGGGCAAUCCGAUGUGUGAGGAGCUGCUAUGCCGAGUUUUGUUUAGCUUCAUUAGGUCUUUCUCGGUACUAAUUUUGGGAGUAAGAACAAGUGUUCGUGAUGUAUUAUGAUUGAUAAUACCGAGUUUAAUCUCUCAAAGAAAAGAAAUGUACUGAAUGCUAGUUAUUUUCGGGAUGCUUUGGGUAAAUAAUGCAACAUUUUAGGAGAUUUUGUAUUAGUAUUACUGUAUUUAAUUAAGCUCAGUUUUUCUUCAUGUAAAACUGAUAGUAUUCAGCACAACUGCACAAUCACUAAAAAGCAGGUAAACAAAUAACGACAAUAAGAAUACAGGAAGCAAAACACUCUUAUACUCCUACUAGUUUUGAGGUAUUGUAGGAUUAGCGUUCUAUGUAACUCCUGUCUCUUGAUAUUCUUAUUACUUAAUCUCGCAUUAAGCACUAAUAUACAUACAUUUCAAUUCGCAA